AUGGUCAAAUUGGCGACGACUUGGUUCGAUUUACAACAAAAUGACAACAACAAAGUUUUUGUUGGAGACGGUAUCGUUUUCGUUCGCGAAGCUAAGAAACGAGGUGUGAACUUGUUAGAAGAAGUUUUCAUAGAUGAAAAAUACGGAUCAAUAGUGCUGGAUGCGUGUUACAGCGAAAAACAUCCAAGGAUUUGUCCAGUUGAGGAAUUCACUAGAUCUAAUGUUAUUCAAGAUAUUGCUGGCAUUCUUAGUGAAGAUGGCGUCGUUGACGUUGCUGUUGUUGUUGUUGGUGUCGUUGUUGUUGUCGUUGUUGUUUCUAUUCCCAUUUUUAAGAUGCUCGUCUGUACACAUAGGAAAAAUUGGAGUUUUGAUGACCAGAAGGGUCGUUUCAUGGACAACUGCCGAGUCGUUGAUGAUCGCUUCGAUUUUCGACUUCGAGAUGUCUUGUCCAAAAUUUAG